CACUUCGCAGUGCAGCUUCCCCACUCCGCCCAAAUCCGUCGUCCUCCCCGCAACAGCUGCUGCAGCACGCGACGCGACGGCCCCCAGCGAGGGCCGGGGAUAGAAUCUGCCGGACGCGGCGGCCGGACACCGCGCCAUGGCGGAGGUCGAGGUAGCGGUGGCGGAUGCGGCGGCGGGGCCGUCGCCCCUCCUCGACCUGCCGGAGCCGCUGCUGCUGCACAUCCUGGGCUUCCUCCACGACCCGCGCUCGCGCUACCGGGCCGCGCUCUCCUGCCGCCGGCUCCUCGCGGCGGAGCGGCUGACGCGGGCGGCGAUGUCGCUGCGCGGGGACCCGCGCACGCUCGACUUCCUCCUCCUCCCGCCGGGGUUCCGCUUCCCGGCGCUCCACCGCCUCGACCUCUCCCUCAUCUCGCCCUGGGGCCACCCGCUGCUCUCCUCCGCCUCCCCCACCGCCGGCUACACCAACACCGACCCCCACGACCCACACGAGAUCGCCGAGCGCAACGCCUACGUCGCCGCCCGCCUCGCGCUCUACUUCCCCGCCGUGUCCUCCCUCGCCGUCUACUGCCGCGACCCCUCCACCCUCGAGGCCCUCCUGGCGCCGCGCUGGGCCCGCACGCUCCGCGCCGUCAAGCUCGUGCGCUGGCACCAGCGGCCCCUCAACCUCCCCGCCGGCGCGGAUCUCGAGCCGCUGCUCCGGACCUGCCCGGCCCUCACCGCGCUCGACCUCUCCGACUUCUACUGCUGGACGGAGGACGUGCUCCCCGCGCUCGCCGCGCACCCGGCCGCCGCCGCCAAGCUCACCGACCUCCACCUCGGCCUCGCGGGCGCCGGCAACGGGUUCCUCGCCUCCGACCUCGCCGCCAUCGCGCGCUGCUGCCCGAACCUCCGCAAGCUCGUCGCGCCCUGCGUGUUCAACCCGCGCUACGACGACUCCGUCGGCGACGACGCGCUGCGGUCCCUCGCCUCCAGCUGCCCGCGGCUCACGCUCCUGCGCCUCAGCGAGCCCUUCGAGCCGGCGUCCGCCGCCCAGCGUGAGCAGGCGUGCAUCACCACUCUAGGAUUGAUCGCCUUCUUCGAUGCGCUCCCUGAGCUGGAGGAUCUCACGCUCGACCUCCAGCACGACGUGCUGGAGGCCGCCCCCGCGAUGGAGGCGCUCGCUCGCAGGUGCCCGCUGGUCAGGUUCCUGACGCUGGGGUGCUUCCAGGGGCUGUGCAAGGCCCCCUGGGUGCAUCUCGACGGCGUCGCAGUCUGUGGUGGGCUGGAGUCACUUCGCAUGAAGAAUUGCCAGGAUCUCACCGACGACAGCCUUGCCGCGAUAGGCCGUGGGUGUGGGAGGCUUGCUACCUUCGCCAUCCAAGGAUGCGACCGUGUCACGUCAGCUGGGAUCAGGAAGCUCGCGUCGGCUCUCCGGUCUACGCUCAAGGAGGUCAGCGUCUUGCAGUGCCGGUUUCUCAACACCGCGGCGUGUCUCACUGCCCUGAAUCCAAUCCGUGAGCGGAUCGAGAGUCUUGAGAUCAGCUGUGACUGGGAGGAAGUUGAAGAAGAGCCUGCCAAUGCAGCCAACGGAUGUCAUCAUGAGGAUGAUGAGCCUGCCAACGGCGCCAACGGAUGUGAUCAUGAGGAUGAUGAUGAGACUGCUGAAACGUCAUAUGAGUCUGCAUCCAAGAAAUGCAGGUACAUGGAGGAACUGGACAAUUUUAGCAGCUGGGAGAUGCUCCGGUCACUCUCGCUCUGGUUGGCGGCGGGCCAGCAACUCAACCCGCUCAUUUCUGCCGGGCUCGACAGCUGCCCUCGGCUUGAGGAGAUAUCAAUCAAGGUGGAGGGCGAUCUCCGGACAUGUUCACGACCUUCUCCGGUGUCGGUUUUUGGCUUAAGCGACCUCGGAGCCUUCCAGGUGCUAUCCAAGAUGAAAUUGGACCUCAGCGAGGCGGUUGGCUAUGCACUCACCGCGCCGACGGGGCACAUGGAUCUUGCACAGUGGGAGCGGUUUUACUUGAGUGGCAUCGAAUCUCUCGAGAAUUUGUAUGAGCUGGACUAUUGGCCUCCCCAAGACAGGGAUGUGAACCAGCGGAGCCUGUCACUGCCAGCGGUCGCGCUGUUCCAGCGCUCCCUCGGGCUCAGGAAGCUCUUCGUCCAUGGCACCACACACGAGCACUUCUUGAGCUUCUUCCUGAAAAUGCCAAACUUGCGGGACAUGCAGUUAAGGGAGGACUACUAUCCAGCACCGGAGAAUGAUAUGAUGAUCACGGAGAUGCGGCCUGAAUCUUGGCUACGGUUUGAGGUGCAGCUGAACAACCAGCCCAUUCCUAAUUAACGGUGGAUUCAAAGUUGAAUACCGGAGAUGCCACUGGAACCGCUGCUCCGGUUCAGCCAUUCAGAGUGCCACUGAAGCAUGCUGGGGUUGCUUUCGGUGAUGGGUGGAGUAACGGGAAUUGCUUGGUCCGUCGAGAAGAGUAGAAGGCAGUGCUUUGAUUCUGUGCGCCCUAGUAAUGGAGGUAAAGAUGAUAAGUUAUUUUGAGCAAAUUUUGUCACGGGAGAACGGUUUUUAUUUUCAAGCUGAGCCCGCAGCAAGAGAAACUUACAAUAUUUCUGGUUUGAUCAUAAGUGCAAAUUGCGUGCCAAACAGGUUUUGCAAUCUACUACUAAUGAGUAUUGACUUGACCAGCGAUGCCGACUUCUAGCACCUGGCACGAGAAGAUGCAGGCAUCAACAAAGAAGCUUUUGCAAGGUCCAAGAGCAAGUCCAUCAUCAGAAGAGACUCCCACCAUUCUCCAGUAUCUGUUCCCUGCGGCGGUGAGAUAUACCCUAGAGGGGCGAGUCCGUUCCGCAAAUCGCAGCAUGACAGGGAGGACGGACGUGCCGCGGAACAAGAUCGGCAUCGGAACAUGGCGGAAGAUCUCCUCGUAUGGACGCGCGCCGUUCUGGUAUCCCAGGCACGUUUUGUCAAAUGCCAAAGCCCAACGAUUCUCAUUCUUUGGUGCCACCGGAGGAAAGGUAGUACCCUCCCCGCCUGAGUAACGUGCUCUGGGUGAGAGACCUCUCUUGUCCUAAUCUAAUCCGCAACGCGUGUGCGCUAAUGAUGCUUUUUGGUUAAGUUGCUGGACUGCUGGAGGCCUCUCACUGGAGGAUGAAUGGAUGAUGCUGGUACUGUGGAAUUUAAUGGAAAGCUGGGCUCUAGAAGGACCAGAUUAGAUCGCGGUGGAAGCUAGCUAAGCUGGUGACAUACAGCAGAAACGUCACGGAGGAGGAUUGCAGCACCUGCACGGCUGCACCUCCACUUCACGCGGUUUAUGAAGCUCCAAAGCAGCCAUGGAUACCAUUCCAUCAGUCAAGAACUAUUCUGCAAGUGCCUCAUGUGGAGUGAUUCUGGGGUCAGAUCGAUCGAUGCUCUCUUCUCGUGGCUCGUGUGGGAUAUAUAUCAUCAGUGGGUUUCAGACGAUGCGGGUCCUGCCUGGAAAAGCGCAAAGCGCGAGCGAAGAUACGAGGCGGCCGGCCGGCGAUCGGUGGAUCGAUCGCGCUGGCGGAUUUUAUCCUCGCGUGUGGAUUUGUUAAAGGAACUGGGUAUACGUACGGAGGCAUGCAGCAAAGUCAGCAUAUGCAGCUGUGUGUGUGUGCAUGCACCUCGGAAAGCAGAAAAGGUAAAGGCGCCACUAGUAGCUAGGAUCGGGUAGCUUGCUUGGCUUCUUUGGUUAUCUUGGAAGUGUUGUCCUCCUCGUAAUGUUUGAUUGGUUUGAUUCCUUUUGAGACACUCAUUAGCUAUAUGUUGUACCGUUCAUUAGUUUUGAUCCAGAGCCGAAGACGCCUUACCUUGGCUUGUUUUCUACAAAGGAGGGACAAAUUAAGUUUGUUGGACUACACAUACAUAUUCUCUCUGUGCAUCAAUAUAAGAUGGUUUAGUUGA